GAUGAUGAUGCCGACAUUGACAACUGGGAUGAGGCUUGCUGGGAAGUCAUCAACGCAUACUUUCGCGAAAAGGGUCUGGUUCGCCAGCAGCUGGACUCGUUUGACCACUUUAUCACCUACACAGUGCAGAAAAUUAUCAAGAAUUCUCCUCCGAUCGAAGUGCAGGGUCGCUUGCAGUACCUCUCCAACGAGAUUGAGGAGCCGCCGAAGCACACCAUCUCUUUUGGGCAGGCAGGCUUUGCGCUGCCUCAACACAAAGAGGAGGAUGGCAACUACGAUCAUGUGUUCCCGAACGAUUGUCGCUUGCGCAACCUGACCUAUCAGUCCUUGAUGCAAUGCGAGAUCACACACACCGUCGAGCAGAAGAAUCCCGAGACAGGCGAGGUCACCACCACCCCCGCUCUCCUGGGCAAGGUACCCAUGAUGCUGCGCAGCAAGUACUGCACCUUGAACAAAAUGGAGACCUUCCGUGACUUUUACGAUAUCAACGAGUGCCCGCUUGAUCCUGGAGGCUACUUUAUCAUCAACGGGUCCGAGAAGGUCUUGAUUGCUCAGGAGAAAAUGGCAGGAAAUACGGUCUACGUGUUUGAGAAGAAGGAUUCCAAGCACAUGUUUGUUACGGAAAUGCGCAGUAUUGUCGAGGACAGCAACCGUCCUACCAGCACCAUGAUGGUCAAGAUGCUGCGCGGUGGAAGCGGCGGUACCAAGGGACGUGCCACAUUUGGCCGAGUGAUUCAUGCCAGCUUGCCAUACAUCCGACAGGACAUUCCCGUUGUGGUUCUCUUUCGUGCUCUUGGAUUUGAGGACGAUCGUAGCAUCCUCGAGCACAUCAUUUACGAUUUUGACGACAUGGAAAUGAUGGAACUUCUCAAGCCUUCACUGGAUGAGGCCUUUGUGGUGCAGACCCGGGAGGUCGCGCUUGACCUGAUUGGUCGCCGCAGUAUGGCUGCGGUUGGCAUGUCCAAGGACAUGCGUGUGCGCUUUGCACGGGAUAUUCUCCAAAAGGAGAUGCUGCCACAUAUUGGCGUCGGCCCUCAGUGCGAGCAAGCCAAGGCAUUCUUCCUGGGCUACAUGGUGCACCGCACUUUGCAAGCCGCGCUGCGCCGCCGCGAGCUGGACGACCGUGACCACUACGGCAACAAGCGUCUGGACCUGGCAGGCUCGCUCGUGGCCUACUUGUUCCGCACACUGUUCAAGCAGCUUACCAAGAAGCUGACGCGCAAGGUCACGGACUUGGUCAACCGCAAUCACAAGUUCAUGGUCAUUACCUUGCUUGACGUUGAGAUUCUGGGGUCGGGUUUGCGUUACUCUCUGGCCACAGGCAACUGGGGUGACCAGAAGAAGGCACACGAAGCCCGAGCGGGUGUUUCUCAAGUGUUGAAUCGGUUGACGUUUGCGUCAACGUUGUCACACUUGCGUCGUCUCAACUCGCCCAUUGACCGCACGGGCAAGAUUGCCAAGCCUCGCCAACUGCACAACACCCAUUGGGGCUACAUUUGCCCUGCUGAAACCCCCGAGGGGCACGCCGUUGGUCUGGUCAAGAACCUCUCGCUCAUGGCCUCGUUGACCGUCGGCUCGGACGAUACCCCUGUCCAUGAUCUGCUGGGCGCCAGCGGCCUUGAUUACCUCGAUCGCUUGCCGUCACGCUCUGCCAUUAAAACUGCAACAAAGGUGUUUGUCAACGGCAACUGGGUGGGCAUUCACAGCCACCCGGAUGAAUUGGUCACCACAAUGCGACAGUACCUGUUGGAUGCAGCCCACUCGGUUGCUUCCGAGGUGUCCAUCUUCCGCAACAUUCGCGAGCGCGAGGUCCACAUUGUCACCGAUUCGGGCCGUACCACUCGUCCUCUGCUGAUCGUGAACAAGGACGACGCCAAUCGGUGCCGCUUUGCGCUGAAGAACUCGCAUGUCAUGGCACUGCGCAACGAUCAAAUGAGCUGGACCCACCUCGUGCAGCGCGGUGUCGUCGAGUAUAUUGACGUCAACGAAGAGGAAACAACCAUGAUUGCCAUGGACCAGGGCACGUUGGAGGAGACGAGCUACUGCAACACGUACACGCACUGCGAGAUUCACCCGAGCAUGAUUCUGAGCAUUUGUGCAUCCAUCAUUCCUUUCCCAGAUCACAACCAGAGUCCGCGUAAUACCUACCAGUCGGCCAUGGGUAAGCAGGCCAUGGGCGUCUAUAUUACCAACUUUCAUGUGCGGAUGGACACGCUGGCACACGUGCUGUACUACCCUCAACGGCCCCUCGUUCAAACGCGCUCAAUGAACUACUUGCGGUUUGCCGAGCUGCCUGCUGGCAUUAACGCAAUCGUGGGCAUCAUGACCUACACUGGUUAUAACCAGGAGGAUUCGGUCAUUAUGAACCGUUACUCGGUGGAGCGUGGUCUUUUCCGAUCCGUCUUUUACCGUUCAUAUGCGGCAUCAGAGCACUCGGAGCGCGGCGAGAUUAUCAAGAUUGACAAGCCGAGCCGCGAAAACUGCAUUGGCAUGCGUCGUGCAAACUACGACAAGCUGGAAGAUGAUGGCAUUGUCGCGCCGGGGAUCCGCGUGAGCGGAGAUGACGCCAUUGUGGGUCGUUUGCUGGAGCUGCCCGAGGCGACGCGCCAAGCAUCGGGUGGACGCUUUGAGAAGCGUGACAAGAGCUUGUUUUUGCGCAGCAGUGAGAGUGGUAUCAUCGAUGGCGUUAUGAUCAGCGUCAACCAGAAGGGCGAGAAGUUUGUCAAGAUUCGCGUCCGCUCGGUCCGCACGCCGCAAAUUGGUGAUAAGUUUGCCAGUCGUCACGGACAGAAGGGUACUUGUGGCAUGCAAUACGCGCAAGAGGACAUGCCGUUUGCCGCUUCGGGUGUGGUGCCGGACAUUAUCGUCAACCCUCAUGCCAUUCCCAGUCGUAUGACCAUUGGUCACUUGAUUGAGUGUCUGCUUGGAAAGUCUGCCUCGCACUCGGGUACCAUUGGUGACGCCACGCCCUUCACCAAGGUCAACGUGACGGAUGUUGCUGAUAUUCUGGAGGGCUACAAUUUCCAGCGCUAUGGUAACGAGGUCAUGUACAACGGCUUCACCGGCCGAAAGAUGCAGGCCCAAGUUUUCCUGGGUCCCACUUACUACCAGCGCCUCAAGCACAUGGUCGACGACAAGAUCCAUGCCCGCGCCCGUGGCCCACUGCAGAACUUGACUCGUCAGCCCAUGGAGGGUCGCUCUCGCGAUGGCGGCCUUCGCUUUGGAGAGAUGGAGCGUGAUUGCAUGAUUGCCCAUGGCGCUGCCCAGUUUCUGCGCGAACGUCUCUUUGAGGUCUCAGAUCCCUACAGCUUGCACGUCUGCGAUGUCUGUGGCCUGCCUUGUGUGGCCAAGUUGGAAAAGAACGAGUUUGAGUGCACACGCUGCCGCAACUCAACUCGGGUUUCGCGCAUUCGUUUGCCGUACGCUUGCAAACUGCUGUUCCAGGAGCUCAUGACCAUGUCGGUGGUGCCGCGCAUGAUGACGGACGAUAGUCAUGGCUAA